AUGUACAUUCUGGUCCACCAUACUGAGGGAGACCCUGGAAUGAGAACCAAAAGAUAUUUGGGAUUUAGUAAUAUAACACGCUUUUUCUUAAGAGUAAACUUCAAAACGAAUAUGAUUCCAUGGAACCAGAUUUUCGUUCAAGUCUUAGGUUUUAGGUUAAACUGGGAUGAUCCUCCCGACACCUUCCAUCCACACCAUCAUUUUACGAGGAGGAGUGUAUAUAGAAGCAUGGAAUUGCUUCUGGACAGACAUGGUUUAAGCGGCUAUCAAUGCGUUCGCCGAGCAAUUUGCGAAACUGACAUGAUCUUGGAACCUAAUUUGAUAUACCACAGAAUAUUAAAGAUGAUAUUUAGAAAUCAGUCUUCGGCUACUGAAAAAUGGCACAAUCUAACAUCAGAAACCUGUAACAGCGCUAUCUCUUCUUGUCCCUUCUCCGUUCUGGAUGUAUCACCAUACACAGAUCUUUUAUCAUAA